AAGAAAAGGAUUACUUCCGCCCGCCUGCCUCGUUGAACGCAGAUUGUACGAAGCGUUUUGCCUGGAAAGAAAAACACUUUGGUCGCAAAAAACUGGGAUAUUUUAAUUAAAGUUCUUCAUUUUUUAUCUUUUAAAAUCAAAGUGAAGGCAACUUUUUCUCGGGAGUAACCGCCCAAGAAACCCAAGGCGUCUUGACUGGACUUCCCAAACACAAUACACAGCUCGACAGAGAGUGUCGACGCGGAGCUUGACACUGACAUCACCAGUGGGUUCGCCCUGAGCAACAGGACAAACUCAUCACUCAUCAUCGUGUUACGACUGAGAGGACUCCUGGAGGAACUCGCUCUUCUUGUUGCUCAGAUUUGCCAAUGACAUAACCAAGGGUUUGCAGACUCUUCCUGGGGUCGAGUCGCCCAACCCCAACGCUGCUGGAUUGUUGUGGUAACGUUGUGAAGUUGAAAGGAAGCUGAUUUGCUGGUCAUCAUGCCAGCCCUCUCCACCAGAACUGGCAGUGAGAUAGGUCUGUAUGAGCUGUUGUCUGUAUUGCCGUCUCAGCUGCAGCCUCAUGUUGAGAGUGCAGAUGACCGCUCCUUUCUGCACGCUAUGUUCGGGGAGAGGAGUCUACAUUCAUUGGUCAAGAUCCAUGAGAAGUUACAGUGUUAUGAAGACCGUGCACCGACUCCAGUACUGGACAGCGCCGGCUCACUGGCUCAAAACCUGCAGUUAUUGUUGACGGAGGAGCUUCAGGGAAGAAGUGCAAGUAAUGAGAUCAGAGAGCUUGUCAAGCUACUGUCCAAACCACAUGUAAAGAGUUUGUUGUCCGUUCAUGAUACUGUGGCCAGGAAGAGUUACGAUCCAGAACUUCCUCCUUUGCCAGAUGACAUUGAUGAUGAAGAAGACUCUGUCAAGAUCAUUCGACUGGUCAAGAAUAAAGAGCCUUUGGGUGCCACCAUAAAGAAGGAUGAACGCAGUGGAGCGAUCAUAGUGGCGCGCAUCAUGAGGGGCGGGGCAGCAGACAGAAGUGGGCUGAUACAUGUCGGAGAUGAGCUGAAAGAGGUCAACGGUAUUCCUGUAGAUGACAAAAAACCAGAGGAAGUAAUCCGCAUCCUGUCCCAGUCGCAAGGUGCCAUCACGUUUAAAGUGGUCCCAGGCAUCAAAGAGGAGGCACAAAGCAAAGAGCCCAAGAUGUUUGUAAAGGCGCUUUUUGACUACAAUCCAGCUGACGAUAAGGCGAUCCCUUGCAAGGAGGCAGGUUUGGCGUUCAAGAAGGGAGAUAUCUUGCAGGUUAUGAGCCAGGAUGAUGCCACCUGGUGGCAGGCCAAACUUGAGGGCGAUGGCAACCUGCGAGCUGGACUCAUCCCUUCCAAACACUUUCAGGAGAGGAGGUUUGCAGUCUGGAAACCCACAACCGUCACGACUCUUCAGAGGACCCCCAGCAAAAGAUUCUCGGGUCUGCGAAGGAGUUUUCGUCUCAGCAGAAGAGAUAAGAAGACAAAUAAAUCCAUGUAUGAAUAUAAGAGAAGUAACCAGUAUGACACAGCUGAUGUGCCCACUUAUGAAGAGGUGACGACCUACCGCAGAAAACACGGAGACAGACACAGACUCGUCGUGUUAGUUGGUCCUACUGGUGUUGGUUUGAAUGAGCUCAAAAGGAAGUUGUUGAUAUCUGAUCCACAACAUUUUAGUGUCACCAUACCACACACCUCUCGAUCAAAGAAACAUUUGGAAAGUGAUGGAGUGGAGUAUCAUUUUAUCUCCAAACACCUUUUUGAGGCAGACAUUCAGAACAGCAAGUUCAUCGAACAUGGAGAGUAUAAGGGAAAUUACUAUGGGACGAGCUUCGACUCUGUACGUUCAGUCCUGUCUAAGAACAAGGUGUGCCUUCUUGACGUACAGCCACAUACGCUAAGACAUAUUCGCACGGCCGAGUUUAAGCCCUAUGUGGUGUUUGUGAAGCCUCCAUCCAUCGAGCGUUUGAGAGAGACCAGGAGGAACGCAAAAGUCAUCUCAGGCAAAGACGAUAAGAACUCGUCCAAAUCCUUCUCGGAGGAGGACUUCCAGGAGAUGAUCAGUGCCUCUCAGAUGAUGGAAAACCAGUAUGGUCACCUCUUUGAAAAGGUCAUUGUGAACGAUGACCUCACUGUUGCCUUCAACGAGCUCAAGCAGGCGCUCAGAAAAGUGGAGACAGAAACACACUGGGUGCCCAUCAGCUGGACUCAUUCCUGAGGGGCUGCUCAAAAGGAACAAAGGAACAAGGCAUCAGAUUUUUGGGGGGUGGAAACUAAGGGAAGGACUUUAAGAACUGUGAAAGAUUUCUUUUUAUUGUUUGUUUUUAUUUUUUGGCUGUAGAUGGUGACAGGGAAAAUAUUUGUCUUAAUACAUCUGAAGUGGUUUAUCUGUUCUUGGAGACUGAAGUGGAAGCGCAUAGGUUUGAUUUUGUUUUGUCGUGCUCGAUAUAGCUGAACGGGUGUAAUUGCACUCAAAGUCGGGAAACAUCUGAUUGUUUAGCAGCUGCUAAGAGAGUGUUCAAACUGCCAUUCAAGUGGUGUGGUGGUGUUGACCACUCCUUGGUGUAUUUUUAACAUUAGUUUAUAGAAACCAAAUGAAUGAUUAUUAUUUUUCUGUGCUCAAAGUACACUUUUUUUAUUCAGAACUUAGCACACUGUACUCCAUUUGCCUGUUACUUUGCAGCUAGUUAAAUCAGCACAGCAUUAACCAUAUAUAUAUAGGUGGGACAUCAUGUGAUGUUCAGUGGGCCCAAAGUGAUUUUAUUUAAAUAGAUAAUUAAUAUAUUUGGAUAUUUUUUAGACUUUUUUUUUAGCCUGUUCCCAGUUGAGAUUUUUGAAUUCGUAUCAGCUGUGAGGAUUUUUCUUUUUGGUAAGUGCUCAUGGCUGAUUAAAGCCUCAGGAUUUUAUUAAUGUAAGACCCGCUGUGUGCAGAAGCUGACUUCUUUAUUUCAGUUUCAUCUCUCUCCUUAUUUCUCUCCCUUUUCCCUCCAUCUCCAUCCUGUUGUUGAGGGCAGGUGCUUGGAAAACCCAUAGGGAAUGUACUCAAUCUGGGCUGAUUAGGCAAGACUCUCUUAAAUGUGUUUAAGAAGCCUAACAGCAGCACUUCCACAAUAGAAUCUCAGAGAAAAAUAUGUUAAAUGGCAACCUCAAAUGUUACAAGGCAUUUCAGAAAGGAGUAGUUCACCCAAAAAUGAAAAUUCUGUCAUAAUUUUGUUCUGUUUUACUGUAUAGCUUCAGAGGACUUUGAAUAUAGACAUUAGUCAAAUGGACUUUAAUGGUACUCUCUCAUUUUUGGUGCUCAACAGUCCCAUCCACCUAAAUUGUGUGUUCCGCAGAAGAAAGAACAUUGUACGGAUAUGUAACAACUAGUGAUGCACUGAAAUUUCAACACCCACAAAAAAAAAGGGUUCCAAUCAAAAUAUUUUGGAUUGAUAGUUUUUUGGAUGCACUUACUCUGUCCUGGGUUUCCAUCCAAAUGUGAAGCGAAUCUUUUCAAAGUUCGCAAAAAAAACAAACAAA